AUGAGGAUAAAGCUAGAAGCUCAAAUACGUGUACAAGCAUUAAGAAAAUUUGCACAAAACAAACCAAAGACUGACGGUAGCCAUGCAGCCGUCAAGCACGGUCCUUCGAAGGAGGUUAAGAAAGACAGGAUUAUCCAUAAGCACAACCAACUGUCGGCUAAGAGUCUUCUGGACAUCGUGUCAUUCCAAAAUUUACACGGACACUCCCCUGUAGUAUUAGUGGAUCGUUUGAGUCAUAAUUUCGAGACUGGCAGUCAGAAUGGACGAGAGACUGGCAGUAGAGCCACGUCAGUGGGUAGUGGGGUUCACAGACCCUCAGGAGGCCGCGACCUCGCCAAAGGCUGUGACGCGUCUUCAGGGCGAGAAGGAAAAAGAACAACCCCAUCCCGUGCACCGUCUUCAUCGACGUCGAGUCAGGAUGGCGAGUGCUUUAAACGUCGUGAUUUACCAAUAGGAGUCGCUAAAUCGGAUAAAAAGCCAGCAACCCCAUCCCGUGCACCGCCUUCAUCGACGUCGAGUCAGGAUGGCGAGUGCUUUAAACGUCGUGAUUUACCAAUAGGAGUCGCUAAAUCGGAUAAAAAGCCAGCAACCCCAUCCCGUGCACCGCCUUCAUCGACGUCGAGUCAGGAUGGCGAGUGCUUUAAACGUCGUGAUUUACCAAUAGGAGUCGCUAAAUCGGAUAAAAAGCCAGGAACCAUCCGUACACGGCGCGCACCGUGGCCUGAGCCGUUGUUCACCUCGUCGCCCAACUCGCCGCCGGCCCCGUCUCCCGUUUGUUCGCCCGACCCAUCGCACUACCUACGGCCGGCCGUGUCGCCUGCCCCGUCACUCGGACCAUGGUCGGUUCCGUCUCCUACCCCGUCACUCGGAUCAUGGUCGGCUCCGUCGCCUACCCGGUCACUCGGAGAAUGGCCGGCCCCGUCUCCCGUCCAUUCGCCCAAGUCGACGCCCGCCCCGUCAGCCAACUCGUCGCUGACCCUGCCACCGAUCCGGUGUCCCGUGCCGGCACCCAACCGGUCGCCAAGGCCGGCCCUGUCGCCUACCCCGUCACUCGAACCAUCGUCGGUUCCGUCUCCUACCCCGUCACUCGGACCAUGGCCGGCUCCGUCGCGUACCCGGUCACUCGGAGAAUGGCCGGCCCCGUCUCCCGUGCCGGCACCCUACCGGUCGCCAUGGCCGGCCCUGUCGCCUUCCCCGUCACUCGAACCAUCGUCGGUUCCGUCUCCUACCCCGUCACUCGGACCAUGGCCGGCUCCGUCGCCUACCCGGUCACUCGGAGAAUGGCCGGCCCCGUCUCCCGUGCCGGCACCCUACCGGUCGCCAUGGCCGGCCCUGUCGCCUACCCCGUCACUCGAACCAUCGUCGGUUCCGUCUCCUACCCCGUCACUCGGACCAUGGCCGGCUCCGUCGCCUACCCGGUCACUCGGAGAAUGGCCGGCCCCGUCUCCCGUUCAUUCGCUCAACAAUAGCCGUCGCCUAACUCGUCGCUCAACUCGUCGCCGUCUGAGUACUACUAAACAUCCGUAAAUAGCAGAUGUUGCCGAAUCCGCUGGCGUGAAGGCAAACUACUAACAAACCCAACACUAAAGCCAAGAUAGGCGAAGCGCAAGUGCCAUGAUCACGGGACGACGAAACAAUGUACGUAUAGAAAUACAUAAUUACUGAAAAUUUCAGCUGUGGAGCUGUUGCGUUUUUUGAGAUACAGUUGAUGUUUCUUACUAAAGGUAGGAGAAAUAAAAGGUUUCGAAGGAGCGGCGAGUGGUAAUUUUAUGUAGGGUAUUAAUGACAUUGUAACGAAUAUACUAAGGGGAUGACUCAGACUAUGAUUCUGAGUUAAUAUCAAGUGGAAUUUUCCGUCGCAAAAUUCAUGAUGAUUUUUUAGACUUUUUUGAUAAUUUUCAAUUCUAUACUUUUGCGAUGGAAAAUUCUACUUGAUAUUAAUCAGAGUAAUCAACUGAAUCACCCCUCUCACUAUUUGUUACGAUGUCACCUUACACCCCAUACAAAUAAAUACAGGUAGCCAUACAAGUACGUACGGGUGUUAGUGACACCAUAACCAAUACUGAAGGGGAUGCUUCAGACCAUGAUUCCGAGUCGAUAUCAAGUGGAAUUACCUGUUGAAAAAGUCAUGAAAAUUUUCUUCUGUACUUUUGCGACGGAAAUUUCCACUUGAUAUCAACUCAGAAUCAUGGUCUGACUAUAAUUCUGAGUUAAUAUCAAGUGGAAUUUUCCGUCGCAAAAUUCAUUAUGAUUUUUUAGACUUUUUUGAUAAUUUUCAAUUCUAUACUUUUGCGAUGGAAAAUUCCACUUGAUAUAAUCAGUGUAAUCAACUGAAUCACCCCUCUCAGUAUCUGUUACGAUGUCUCCUUACACCCCAUACAAAUAAAUACAGGUAGCCAUACAAGUACAGGUAGGGUGUUAGUGACACCAUAACAGAUACUGAAGAGGAUGAUUCAGACCAUGAUUCUGAGUCGAUAUCAAGUGGAAUUACCUGUUGUAAAAGUCAUGAAAAUUUUAGUAUUUUUUCAGUUCUGUACUUUUGCGACGGAUAAUUCCACUUGAUAUCAACUCUGAGUCAUCCCUCAAAGUUUUCGUUACUUAAUAAUGUUACAUAGUUGAAUUGGGAUUGCCUGUAAUGACUAUGUAAAUUGUGUAUAAAUAAAUAAAUAAAUAUGGAUAAGUAUACGACUUCGAUGAUUAUGAGAUUGCAAUACAUUACAAUUCAUUUUGUAAGUGUACUAAUUUAUUUUUUUAUUAUUAACACAGAUCAUCU